UCACAGAAACAAUCAAAUCCACAACUCAUCUUCUGAUUACUUGUGAUAAUCCCAUAUCAUCUAAUUGGUAUCCAAAUAGAAAAACAUUGUAGGACUAGAGGGAUAUAAAAGCGAGCACUUGAUGCUAUUCUAUAUUCGUCAAUUCUGAAUUCUGAUCUGUGAACACCAAUCCACCACCAAGUGUCGAAAAAAUGAUCAUUCAAAAAAAUGGAUUAACCAUUCCCGAAUACCUGGACAAGGACUUUUUUCGGAAAGUUCUGAAAGGAGCAUUCCAAACUAACGAGUUUAUGAUCGAAAAAAUAAACUUCACCAUGGGCAGUGGAGGCGGUGAAAAUUAUUGCAGCUUCAUUUAUCGAGCAGUAAUCGAUGCAAUAAUUAAUGGUAACAGCAGACACUUGACUGUGAUAAUUAAAAGCAUGCCCACCGACGGAGAGCGACAAGUGUUUGAAGAGAUACAACUUCACAGGAAAGAAACUGAUAUGUACUUUACUAUGCUGCCAAAAAUGGAGGAAUUGUUGAAUACUAAACUGUCACCGAAAUGCUACUACGUCCAAGACGAGCCAAUUCAAACGAUUGUUCUGGAGGAUCUGGAGUUACUGGGCUAUAGACUGGCAGACAGGCAAGUCGGACUGGAUGAAGAGCACUGUGCCGUGAUACUUAAGAAAUUAGCUAGUUUCCAUGCUGCAGGACUUUAUUACGUCGAAAAGAAUCCAUCGAUUAUCAAAAAUUAUUCAUCAGGAAUAUUUAACAAAAACACGGUGCAUUUGAAAGUGUUCGAAGGAGUCUUUGCUGAUAACUUUAACGCACUUAUAAAAGUAGCCGACGGUUGGCCUGGAUAUGAGAAAAUCGUGCAAAAGCUGAAAAAUAUUCAAGGAGACUUUCUAAGACGAUUCGGUGAAAACGCUGACCCGGCACCAAAUGAACUCAAAGUUCUGAACCACGGCGACUUGUGGGUGAAUAAUUUCAUGUUCAGAUACAAUACGGAGUUCUCCAAGCACCCGAAUGAUCUCGUUUUUAUCGAUUUUCAAGGAAGCUUCUUCUCCAGUCCUGGAAUAGAUCUGAACUACUUUUUGAACACAAGCGUUCAAGUUGAUGUGCUCCAGAACCGCCGGAACUUCAUGUUAAAGGAGUAUUACUACAAGUCGCUUGUGCAAAUAUUGAAGAAUUUGCGUUCGGAAAAUAUACCCACUUUUGAUGACAUCCUAGCCGAAGUACGACGGAAAGAAUUCUAUGGUUUCUGCGCUGCAGUGGGGGUCUUGGCUUUGAUCGGGAUGGAUAAGGAAGCGUCAAAGGAUAAUUCAAUUGAAUGCUUCGCAGAUAAAGAUUUGGCUGAGAAAAAAUGCUUGACUGCAUGUUCAUCGAAAAGAUACCAAGAAACGAUGCGAUAUUUACUGAAACGUAACGAUCAACUGGGGUUGUUCGAUUAGCCAUUAUCGAACCGAAUGGGCCAUUACUUAUGAACAAUUUAAGCUUUUAUUACUUCAUUUAGUGUCUCGUGGAGUUGAUUGCAACUGGGCUACAAUAAAUACAACAGAUUUCGAAGUAAUACUGAUAUUUAUUUCAAGUGUUGUUAAUAUAAUAAAAAUUAAAAUUGGGAUCAAAUGUGCAAUUGCGGAAUAAAGUCUUUUGCAAAA